ACUCACUAGAGAGACAAGUUAAUGAUAUGUCAAUUCACUUAAAUAUCUCAUAUUUACUUUAUUUUCUCACCGAUAAAUUGUUUUAAUUAUUUUAGAAUCAAUAUUUUGUGCGGAUUUUGAGAAACAAAAAAUAAUUUUUGUGUUCAAAGUGCGGAAGUUGAGCAUUGUUGCUGGUGAAGCAAAACAAAAGAACGUUGUCCAGCAUUUUGUAUUUCAGUUGAGGUUCAUCUAUCCAAGCUGUCACUAUGGCCGAAGCUUUCAAAAUCGGCGAUUUCGUUUGGGCAAAAAUGAAAGGGUUCCCUCCAUGGCCUGGCCGGGUAUCUAACCCACCCAAAGACCUCAAAAAUCCCAAAGGUGGUAAAAAAUCAGUAUCUCACUGUAUUUUCUUCUUUGGCAGCAAAAACUACGCCUGGAUUGAAGAAAACAACCUGAAGCCUUAUACAGAUUACAAGGAAACGCUCGUCAAAGGGAACAAAUCAGGUGUCUUCCGCGAGGCAGUUGAAGCUAUCGAAGAAUUCAUUAAAAACAAGGGAGAGAGCGUUCAGGAAGACCCAGAUGAUGUGUUCAACAGAUUGGUGGAAUCUGCCGACAAAAAUAAGACGAAACCAAAGCCAAAGAAGGACCUGUCGCAGAAAUGGGAUAGCAAAUCGCCGGCGUCGAAACGUGAAUCGUCGCCCCAGCCGACAGCCGCCAAACGGAAACGCACGAAGCGCUCUUCGUCGUCGGCCGAGGGAGACGGCGACAAGUCAUCCGCCUACGAGGAGGCCAACGGCGACGACUCGCCGUCCCUCUCAACGCCCUCACACCGGCUCACUUCCACCACCCCUUCUACCUCCAGCCACAUGUCUUCCUUCCGCAAGGGUCCGCGCGCCUCCAAUCUCCUUGAACGGCCGUCGAACAUUAUGCGACCUGUGACUCCUCCACUUGACCUUGAGAACGUGUCGGAAACCCUGAAAGAGAAGAACAUCAAACCUUCGGCGCUGAGGUUCGGCUUCCUUGGGCUCGGCAUCAUGGGAUCGGGCAUCGUCAAGAAUCUGCUCAACUCGGGACACUCGGUGAUCGUGUGGAACCGGACUCCAGAUAAGUGCAAGGACUUUGUAAAAGUUGGAGCGGAGGAGGGACUCACACCCUCAGAUGUGGUUCAGAUGUCAGACAUCACAUUCUCUUGUGUAGCGGAUCCUCAGGCUGCCAAAGAUAUGGUAUUUGGUAACUGUGGAGUCCUGCCGGAAGCUGGCCCAUCGAAGGGAUACGUCGAAAUGACUGGCAUCGACGCAGAAACCUCACAGGAUAUUGCUGAGGCGAUAAUGGGCAAAGGAGGGCGGUACUUGGAGGCGCAGGUGCAGGGCAGCAAGACACAGGCGGAGGAGGGGACUCUGGUGAUAUUGGCUGCCGGUGAUCGCUCUCUCUUUGACGACUGCCAGUCCUGCUUCGAGGCCAUGGGCAACAAUUCAUUCUACCUUGGUGAGGUUGGAAAUGCAAGCAAAAUGAACUUGGUACUGCAGCUAAUGGCCGGGGUGACACUGGCUGGAUUGGCCGAGGGCAUGGCACUGGCUGACAGGGCUGGACUGCAACAGAGAGAUGUCCUGGAAGUGAUGGAGCUGACCUCAAUCGCAUGUCCCACAAUCAUCGACAAGUGCAAGGCGAUCAUUGAGGGAGAGUUCAACACUCACCUGCCACUGCAGCACAUGCAGAAGGACCUGAAGCUGUCAUUGUCGCUUGGUGACCAGCUGGAACAACCCCUGCCACUGACUGCAACCGCCAACGAGGUGUUCAAGCAUGCCAAGCGGCUUGGCUAUGGCUCACAUGAUGCCUCUGCUGUCUACAUCCGAGCUCGGUUCUAAGAAUUGGCACCCAAUGUGGGACCUGGACUCAAUUGGUGCCCAAAGUGGGGCCUGAUAACUACUGUUGGUGAAAAGGUUUCAAACUAUGACCUGUAUGACCAACUACAAUGUCUUAUAGAAUGGUUUAUGAAUGUUUUAAGAUUAUCAUUGAUUAAUUAAAAUCUAUUUUUGGUUGGUGGCCUUAAAUCUACAAGGUCAUGGCAAAUGUUUUAAGAGAACCAUCAAUACAUUAUAAAUAUGAUGUUAUUUAUAGAAAUGAUGUGGUUGAAUGGGUUUCAAACUUGUUUUUAAUUGGUUGUCUUCAAGUGUGAAGCUAACUUGUGACUGACUCUGGCCUUCAUCUCUAAGGCUAAAAGUACAAGGUCUAGUAGAUUGAAUAAUGAAUGUUUUAAGAGAAUCAUUGAUUAAAUACAAAUAAUAUUAUGUUAUAUAUAAAUGAUGUUUGAAUGGAUUUGAGCUGUUGCAAUAUAGGAUAAUUACCUUAUCAAGUAGCAGGGAAAUAUGUCAUGAAUUAUUAUUAUUAUAUUAAAUGUGUGAGAUUUUUAUCAUUGAGGAAACCUUCAGGGGUUGCUUUCACCCGAAAAAUUCGAAGUAUUUUGAAAUUUCAAAUUGAUAUUGUUAUAAAGAUGUGCCUGAUUAGUAAGAGAGUGGAAGUUUGUAGUUUGGGGCAAAGGCUUGAAUUUUUUAUUCUCUGUUGAUGAUUUACAUUUCUUGUAAUAAAUCGUUUUUCUAUUUCUGUGAGGUAAAAUGUAUUGGCAACCUCCUAAAAUAUAAAUAGAACUCUUACAGAAUUAAAGUUGAAUGAAAUAUGAAUUUAUUGGAAUUUUUAAAUUAGAUUGAUGAUUUUGAGGUGAAUUUAGUUUGAAGAUAGGGCUUAAGAUAGAGUUGCAUUGAACAAUUGAAAUAAAGAUAGGACAAGAUACCAAAGUGGUUGGAGUGCAUCAUCUAUGAAGAUUUAUUACUGCUUCUUUUUUAGAAAUCUGAAUUUGCAUAGAUGAUAGAAUGGAUGUAGUUUUGCUACAGAGGGUAGACACAUUUUUUGGGAUGUUUCAAUUUUUCAACUUUGUUAUAGUUUGAUUGCAUUUUAAAACAAAUCAAUGGUAAACCCCCUGCUCAAAUGUAAUGGUGUGAAAGAUCAGGACUGCAAAAUAGUUUAUUUUUUGUGUUAAGUUUAUUUUGUUAUUGAUUUUGACCAACUUGUGAAACAGAACUUUACCGUUUUUCAAAAUGUGACUGCUGAUCAAAUGAAUAGAAUUGGUAUUGGCUAUGAUCAAGUAGUAAGAUUGUAAUACAAUUUGAAGUAAAAAAUAAAACUGAAAAACUUUUGAGUUUGUUAUUUGAAUUUUGACUGGCUUUUGAUUAUUAGCCUUUCAGAAUCACUGUAAAUAAAUUUUCAUAAUUUUAUAUCUACAGUAAUGUUGAUAUGAUGGUAAACAAAAAAAGAUAGCUGAACUCCAAUCUUCCAAAGAAUGAGAAUUGUGUAAUUGUAACCUCUGAAUUGGGACAAAAAAACAUGAAAAGUUUUUCUCUGCUGACAGUUGGAAGUGUUUUCCAGAAAUGAAAUUAUUUUAUCAAACAAUUAUCACACUGUUUGAAAAAUAAAUUAUUCGAUUCGUUUGAAGCUAGAAUAUUGGCAGAAUACACUUGAUUUUCUACAGGUAAUGGUCAAAAAUAUAUUUUUACAAUAAUUAGGUACUCAAGAAAUUAGGUAUAAAUACUAUGGUGUGUUGAAUUCGAUCUAGUUUGAAGUAUUUCGUAGAUCUAAAAGUAAACGCUUAUUUUCUUUAAGCUUCACGUAGAAUAUUUGUUUUAAAUUAUUCUAUUCUCUCUUCCAAAUAACCACAAAUAAAUUUUAAUUCGUUGUAAAUUGUAUUGAAUCUAAGUAUACAUUAUUGCGUGUUGUAAACAUUUUUUUAUCCUAAUCAACGGACUACAAGUUUUUUAUUGAAACUCUUUUACAACUAAAAACUGAAAUAUUGACUAUUGGAAUCUAAUAUGUGAAUGGAUUUUAUAAGUGCAAUCAUUUCAUGUUAGAUUCUCAAAUAUUCUUUAUCAUGCAUGAAACAUACAUUUAUAUUAUAAGUUUCAAAAAUCAUUGUAGUAGAGGAUUUAAAGUCCUCAAGUUGGUUUUAUGUUUGAAAUUUUAUCAUGGUGAAAUUUAUGUGCUUUUAUCCUUUUUAAGUUAUUGUAAUAUGCUCUAAUAUUGUUCUCAUGAACUGUUAUAAUCAAUAUUUCAAUUCUCAGCACUGAUAACACUUACAAAUUUCAAUAAAUCACAGAUAUUGCUCUCUUAAUACAGUAGGAUUCUAAUAAUCCGAACUAAUUAGUACCAUUAUUUUAAUAUUAUCAACCAAAUUAACAUUGUUUAUAUCGAUCUUCAUUGAACAUUACAAAUUGAUAAAUUAUCAACAGUUUGUACUUGCUGCAUGUACCAACUAUUAAGUACCGUACUAAUUCUGUUCAAUAAAUUCAUAAAGAUCUUUUUCAAUUUUCAAAAAUUAAUUUUUUGGAGCAUCACGUUCGGAUUAUUAGAGUUGUAUUGUCACCAAUCAUUGAAUUUUAAAUCCAUUUUUAUUUCAAAUAAUGCUAUUUGUCACUAAAAUCUGUUGAAUUUGUGACUCCUACAUAUCAGCUUUAUUGCCUCAGUUCUAUACCAACACAAUAAUCUCAUUAUUUUAUUCAAACUUCUACAAAGUUAGUUUCCAAGUCCUAAAAAAAUCUAGCAGUGUUGGUUGAUUGAUACUAAUAUCUUCACAACAUGUACAAUCAUAAUUUCCCCAGAAUGUUUCUAUUGAAAGCAUAUAGUACCUUACUGCUUCUUAUUGAUAUAAUUAAAUCAACUUUUUGGCAGUUGUUUGAUACCAUAUUAAUAAUCACAACUAGCUCUCUAAGAAAUUAUAGAGUGGCACACCCAUUGGUCCUGUAAAAUAUAAUCAUUUUCGUAUUAUAGUUUGUAUUUACUUUUUUAAACUUCUAAUAUUUUAUACUAGAUAACGAUGAUUUAACUGUUUUUCUUAAUUGUAUUAGCAUUAUUGUUUCAGCAACAGAUCAAUAAAGUACACUGUAAAAUAAGAAA